ACCACCCAAAGUUUACAGGCAAAAAUACUUAGGAAUUUCAUCCACAGUUGCUUCAAUUAGCUUUGAGGAGAUAACCAUGGCUAGUGUGAAACCUUGGAGCCUUGUUUUGGUUGUUUUUUGUAUUAUGAGUUUGAGCUAUUUCGUUAAUGGUGCUGGUAGUAAUGAAGGUUUGGGAGCUUCUUUCAUCUUUGGCGAUUCUUUGGUGGAUGCUGGUAAUAAUAACUAUUUGCAAACUUUGUCCAGAGCAAAUAUUCCCCCAAAUGGGAUUGAUUUUAAAGCCUCGGGUGGCCAACCUACUGGCCGCUACACCAAUGGUAGAACCAUUGGCGACAUUGUUGGAGAAGAAUUGGGAGUACCAAGUUAUGCAGUUCCAUAUCUUGCUCCAAAUUCUACAGGGAAAGCUAUAUUAUAUGGUGUAAAUUAUGCAUCAGGAGGAGGGGGGAUUAUGAAUGCUACUGGAAGAAUAUUUGUUAAUAGGCUAGGAUUGGAUAUCCAAAUCGACUACUUCAACAAUACAAGAAAACAGUUUGACAAAUUAUUGGGUCCAUCCAAGGCCAAAGAUUAUAUUUCUAAGAGAUCCAUCUUCUCAAUUACAAUUGGAGCCAAUGAUUUUCUCAAUAAUUACCUUCUCCCUGUUCUUUCCGUUGGGGCAAGGAUUUCCGAAAGCCCCGAUGCUUUCAUCGACGACAUGAUCAAUCACUUGAGGAACCAAUUAACGAGACUAUACCAGCUUGAUGCACGGAAGUUCGUGAUCGGGAACGUCGGUCCGAUCGGUUGCAUACCCUAUCAGAAAACCCUUAAUCAAUUGAAUGAAAAUGAAUGUGUUGAUUUGGCAAAUAAGCUAGCAAUGCAAUACAACAGGCGGUUAAAGGAAUUGCUGAGUGAACUGAAUGGAAAGCUCCAAGGAGCCAUAGUUGUUCAUGCCAAUGUGUAUGACCUAGUGAUGGAGCUCAUAACAAAUUAUACAAAAUACGGUUUCACAACAGCAAGCAAGGCUUGUUGUGGAAAUGGAGGCCAAUUUGCAGGGAUAAUUCCAUGCGGACCAACAUCAAGCUUGUGUAAGGAUAGAGAGAAGCAUGUGUUCUGGGAUCCUUACCAUCCAAGUGAAGCUGCCAAUGUUAUAAUUGCUAGGCAACUUCUGAGCGGAAGUACCAAGUAUAUUUCACCAGUGAAUCUUAAACAGCUUCGUAAUCUCUAGCCCUGCUUAAUAUUUCAAUUUUCACACAUCUUUAAUCAAAUUUAUUGUUAAUUGUUUCCAUUCCAAGAAGACGAGUUUCUUCCAUAGCUUUAAACUUUUCUGUAUUCUUCCUUGAACAUUUCAAUUGUUAAGGCAAACAAACAAGUAGCUGGCUUCAAUUUGAUUAUUGUGGUCACUUAAA